AUGGCAAAUGGUCAGCACAAGGGGGUGGAGGAUGAGUUGCGCACCUGCUUCAAAAAGGAAAUUGACGCCACCUCUAUGGAUGAGUCAGCGGAUGUCAAGGAAGGAGUGGCCUACAACUCAAAGAAGCAGGUCUUCCAAGCCAGUGUCAACAUUGGAGAACACUUUGUGGUGAAAGAGUUCAAAGUCAAGGCAGAUGCUGAGCACUGGAUCGAUCUUCUGAAGUCAUUAGAGGGCAAGAAACUGCUCAAGUCGAACAUAGCUUUGAUGAAAAUGGCAGAUGCAACUCGCCAAGCCACAGAGGCAGCAUAUGAGAAGAUCAUCCAGGCAAAGCAAACAUUCACCCCAGAGUCUGAGCCAACAUUGAAACACAGCCAUCAAGGAGGGAAAGACAUAUGGGCCACCCUGUUCCCAAAGUACAAGGAGACGCCUGAAAGCACCUUAUGUUCUCCGCAGGUUCGGGUGCCUCAGACCAGCUUGGAGAAGCUGAAGGUGAUGGGCUUCUCAAACCCAGUUGUGGGGGAAAUCUUUGGGUGGCACCACAACUCGCUAUGGAGAGGCAUCAACAUUAUCACCCAUGAUGGCAACGGAGACAUUGACAACAUUGGCAUUGGAUCGGAUUUGGUGCACAUCGGGUUCAUUCGGUGCAGCGGCGAGGAUGCUGAGCCCACCGAGAAGGACAAGCAGAAAAUGCGACACCUAUUGCAAGGCACAAAUGUUGUGGCUUGCAUCAUUGUGACCUAUCCAGUCAAAAUUGGUGUUGCUAGAGCAUGGGGAAUGCGCAAACCAUCCUCACCUUCAUCCUCAGAAGAAAUGGUGGAAGUCCAACUCUUGCACUUGGUGCGUCGGAUUCAUAGUGAGGAGUUUCUCGUCAAGUCUCUGGAUCUGCAACGAGGUCCAAAGGACUUGCAAAACCUGAUUUCUGGGGCCUUUGAGAAGAACCUUGAGACUGUGUACAAGAAGGAGGUGGAGGUUCAGCCACAAGCCAAAAAAACUCAAAACUUCAAACGUGUAGCGGUUCUGGGCGAUGGCUUUUGCUUCUGGCAUUGCCUGCUGCGGGUCUUGAGGGAGGAUUACAAGCCAGUUUCAAGAUCCAAGUCUGGUGGGCCAUGGAGUCAUUCCCGCCUCUUGAUUGAGACUGAGCAAGCAAAGGCCUUGCGCUUGGAGUUUGUUUCUGUACCAGCAAGCUGGGGGAGACGCGAACAUCCUCGCACAGCUGUCCAUUUCUGA